AUGUCGACCUGGUUGACGACUGUGUUUCUCUGUGUAAUGUGGACAAGCAUAAAAACUGAUACAGCAUCAGGAGUUUGUCCAGAAGGUCACUAUGGUUUAGACUGCAGCUACACGUGUCACUGCACGUCCGGUUGUGAUAGCGUGACAGGAUGUUCCGGUGGAUGUACGAAAGGCUGGUCUGGACCUAAGUGCACAAUUGAAAAUGUAGCCUUAAACAAAACUGCCUAUCAGAGUGGUUAUCACCCUACAGUAGUUCAUCCUCCGUCGUACGCUGUUGAUGGGAAUACGGAUCAAGGAUCAUAUGGCAGUCUCUGUAUCGUUACUCCCUCACUGGAACCGUACACGUGGUGGGAGGUGGACUUAGGGAGACCAUAUUACAUACACCAGCUUGCUGUUCACUUUAGGACAGAUUACGUGGCCCCCAGGAAUGACGUCCACGUAUUCAGUUCGCUCAAGAUGAAUCAAACUAACACAAGCCACCUGUGUGGUGUGACGACGUUAAAUAGCUCGGAUGUAACAUAUAUCACCUGUAACGAUACGGCCCAAUACAUCACACUCUUCCAGGGAACAAACAACGACGACGUGGAUGUCGAGCACUACAAUCCUGGGAAAAGAAUGGAUAUUUGUGAAGUUGAAGUCUUUAUUUGUGACGCUGGCACGUUUGGAGAUAACUGCACCGAGUUCUGUCACUGUCAAGGUCAGCCGUGUAACUAUACAACUGGAGAAUGCGUGGGUGGAUGUAAACAAAAUUGGACUGGAACGCAGUGUGAUG